CUCUCAGCCGGAAAGAUGUCGGUGUCGUGCUGAUGGUAUAGCGUAGUAAAGUGUAGUAGGACCGCCGCAAACUGUUGGCUUAGGAUGCAAGCGGAUACCGGGAACGUAUAAUGAGCCGCAAGAAGCUGCCGAGUGAGAAAGUCCGGGAGGAGAAUGAGGAGGCCGGAAGGAGACGCAGUUGCAGGGAAGCAGGAGGCUCGGACAGGGAGACCCCGACCAAGGCCACCAAGAAGCACAGCCGUAGCAGGAAGCCCGGGGGGACCCAGUUACCGACUUCAAAUGCCUCGCUGCUUCCUAAGAGUGAAAGGGAAGAGGUAGAAUUAUGCUUAAAGAAGACUCCAAAGCGGCUUUCUAAAAACAAACUGUGGUCAUCAACUAUCAACUCUCCUUCCAACGACGCAGAUCAACAGCAUGAAAUCUUUUGGGAUCCCCAUUCGCCAACGCCGUUUAAGCUAGAAAAUGGAAGGAGAAAACAGACUUCAAGCAAAUGUGCGGUUGACAUUUCCGAUAUUGUUAAUAGAAUUGCUCCUAAGGAUGAAAAGCCAGCCAAUGCAGAUGCGGGUUAUCUGGGAAUGUGGAUUGGUGAUGAUGCCAUUCCAUCUACGCCAGUAGUAGCCCGACCUAGGACUAAAAUUAGUAGGUCACGAAUAAUCAAAAAAGAGGAUGAACUUAUGAAGUUGGCUAAACAGUUUGACAAAAACAUGGGACAUUCAGAAGAUAAAACCGCUUAUGUAGGAGGUGUUACGAACAAUGAUCAUGUGCCGUUUAUGGACAAUAUCCCUGAAGAAGCAACUGCACCUAAGUUGGAAUCUGCACGUCAGGUUCAGAGUUCAGUACGUGCGCAACCAUCUAGUCAAAGCAGCCAGAGAUCUGUCGACCAGGAAGCUGAAGCAGCGCUUAAUGCUCUCUUUGACUCUUCUACUCAGAAGUACAGUGGACGGUUAAGCCAGGGUUUAUCUGAUGUUUCUGCAAACAGCUCACAGGAUGCUCCAAUAAAGGCAAAAGACAAUACAAACGAAAAACACCUGCAUGCUAAAGAUCAUAGUGAAAUCUGUGAGAAGCCAUCAAGUUCGAAACAAAGUACUUUAAAUUGUCAAUCGAACGCUGAUAUAUUGAACACCCUGGUAAGCAAUAACAACCCAAAACAGGAUGUAACACAAAAAAAAUCUCUUGAGUGGACUUCUGUAAACCCGAAGGUAUCAAACGCCACAGAUGAUUUUGAUGAUGAUUGGGAAACUGAUUUUCUUGAUGAUGAUUCUUUUGUUAUGCAAAUUACUCAAAAUCCUAGUUUGAUUGCGACUCCUAAAGAUGAUUCUCCCACUAGCAACUUUUGUCUCAAUGAUCCAAUUUCUUUAGCUGCUGAAAGCUCUAACAUACCAAAAGCACCUACGCAAUGCAUGGACUCUUCAUCAGGUCUCAAUAAACUAAAUAACUUUAAAUUUGUACCACGAACAUCAAACCCAGGGGUGGUUGAAAAACCUAUUACUAACAAACCUGAAAAAGUCUGUAUAUUGAACAAAGCUGUUGAUAUGAAUGAGGGUGAAAACGUUAACGCAAAGCCUUUUUCCAAUGCAGUUUCUCGGGUACCGUUAAAAUCUCAAGUAAAUUCAGUGCAAUCUGUAACAAAACAUAAUAAUACACCCGCUGUUAGUGAACAUCUCCCCAACACUUCUAGUUUCAAAAGUGAAACAUCGAAGGAAUGUAAAAGGACAAGAAGCUUUACAAUGCCGACAUCCCAUUGUCAACAAAGCGGUCUUCCUGUAAAAACCUUCCCCCAGACUAUACAAGCAAAACAUGCAGGGAAUAUUAACAAAAGUUCUGCCCACCACGAUGAAUGGGAUGACCCCAAAUUCUCCGAUGAGAUCCUUGAUAUGUUUUGUGAAUCUGAUAGCCUAUGGGAGACCAAUGAAGAGGAGGAUGAUUUGCUAUAUCAAGUAUGUGAUGAUGUAGAAAAAUUAACUCAGGCUCAAGUGGAGGAUAAAGUUGAUAAAUGUGAAAACAUGCAUUCUGCAGGCUCAAACUUCAAAAACAGCACAAAUGUGGGAGGAAGAGCAAAUCAAGGACAAUUAGUACAAAAAUAUAAAGAUGGAACCCAGAUCACGGCUGCUAGUGUGGUCAACACGAGUGUUGUAAAUAACUGUAAUGGACCGUCUUUGCCUUUUACCACAUCAACAAACAAAGCUACUACUCAUAUAGGUGGAUACAGAACACGUGGGAAUUCUUUGACUGCUAGUCAAAAUGACUUAAGAAAAAAUAGCCAAGUAACUUUAAGCAGGUCCACCUCUGUGCCUGUUGGUGGGCAAUGUUCUUACAGUAGAACAGUUCCCAGUGGACCACUUUCACAAAAUCCAGUAAGGCAUGAAAGUGCUGCAUCCUCAUCAAAGAGCUCACUGGCACCUUCAAAAUACUCAUUUACACGGAUUAAACCUUCACAGCUUUCCGUUCUUCAUUCAAAUAGCACACAAGUUGUUGGACAGAACAAUUCUAAAGACUUUACCUUGCAGGAUACAGGUGCAAAUGAGAAGGAAAGUAAUGUCUUCUUCCAUGGAAAUGUCAAACCUUGUCAGCAACCCUCUUUGAAAAGGCAUUUAUCAGAGUCUUUGUUACAGUCUGCCAAAGUUUUCGUUUCUGAAGAAAGAAAUAAGAAGUGUUCGAAUGAAGAAAUUGAAAGAAAAAAGCAAGAAGCUUUGGCUCGCAGACAAAUGAAAGCGCGCACGUUUUCCAACGAGUGUGCCCGCACUUAGCUUUGUACGAUAACCGGUUACUGACUUUGGUUGUACCUUUUAUCAUUUCUUACUGUAGUUUCUCCGUGAGAAGCAUGACAAAUUUGAGAGCACUAUUUUUAAUAUAGUUUCUUAUCUAUAUAUAUAUGUGUGUUUACAGUGGUAAACAAUUCUUUAUUUUGUAAUAUUUGUAUCAUAAGUAAAGGUCCUGUAUGUUCAGGAUUAAGAAUGCUAAUUGUAUUUAUCAGAUUUAUUCCAAAAUAAGGAUUUUUUUAUUCCUUGUUAAAAAAUGCAUCUUGUUUCUAAAGUCCAAAUACACUACUUUAGGUUUAACAUCUUCUCAAAUUGUGUCAAAUAUAUUUGAUUUUUGCAAAGAGAAUCAUAAUUUCCCAUUUGUUUUAACAUUGUACACGUGUACAGUGCUGAAUAAGACUUCCUAUCACUCCAUGAACCACUUGAAAGAAAAAAAUAAAACGUUCAAAAUUGUAAAA